UGGCCUCUUGCCCUAGGGAGCGAGUGCGGAGGGAGUGGGAGCGAGACGGCCCGAACGCAAGUGUCUGGCUUCCCGGCGAGGCCCAGCCAUCCGUCCCGCCGCCCAUGAGCUCGUUGCCCCGCGAGCAGCGCCGUCGUUAGGCCGUCCCCGUCACUCUCUCUCGUUCCUCCCCCUUUACCCCGGGGCAGCCAUUCCCCCACCACCCCCGUCUGGCCGGGGACUGGACGUCGUGUCGAAGCGCCUUCCCUAGUCCGCGUCGCGCUGCGACCCUGGAAGCGGGCGCCGCCGCCAACGAGAGGAGGAGCCCCGGCCGCGGGGCCCAGCAUCCACUGAGCCAGCAGGCGGGAUCGAGGCCGGCAACAUGGCGAGCGCUUCGUACCACAUCUCCAACUUGCUGGAGAAAAUGACAUCCAGCGACAAGGACUUCAGGUUUAUGGCUACAAAUGAUCUGAUGACAGAACUGCAGAAAGACUCCAUCAAGUUGGAUGAUGACAGCGAAAGGAAAGUCGUGAAGAUGAUUCUGAAGUUGCUGGAGGAUAAAAAUGGUGAAGUGCAGAACUUAGCUGUCAAGUGUCUUGGCCCGUUAGUGAGUAAAGUGAAAGAGUACCAAGUAGAGACGAUUGUAGACACCCUCUGCACAAACAUGCUUUCCGACAAGGAGCAGCUUCGAGAUAUUUCCAGUAUUGGCCUUAAAACAGUGAUUGGAGAACUCCCUCCAGCUUCCAGUGGCUCUGCAUUAGCUGCUAAUGUGUGUAAAAAGAUUACUGGACGCCUUACCAGUGCAAUAGCAAAGCAGGAAGAUGUCUCUGUUCAGCUAGAAGCUUUGGAUAUUAUGGCUGAUAUGUUGAGCAGGCAAGGAGGACUGCUUGUUAACUUCCAUCCUUCAAUUCUGACCUGCCUGCUUCCCCAGCUGACAAGCCCUAGACUUGCAGUGAGGAAAAGAACAAUCAUUGCUCUUGGCCACCUGGUUAUGAGCUGUGGAAACAUAGUUUUUGUAGACCUUAUUGAACAUCUGUUGUCAGAGUUGUCCAAAAAUGACUCCAUGUCAACGACAAGGACGUACAUACAGUGUAUCGCUGCUAUUAGUAGGCAGGCUGGCCACAGAAUAGGUGAAUACCUUGAAAAGAUAAUCCCUUUGGUGGUGAAGUUCUGUAACGUAGAGGAUGAUGAAUUAAGAGAGUACUGCAUUCAAGCCUUUGAGUCAUUCGUGAGGAGAUGCCCUAAGGAAGUUUAUCCUCAUGUGUCUACCAUUAUAAACAUUUGUCUAAAAUACCUUACCUAUGAUCCAAAUUACAAUUAUGAUGAUGAAGAUGAAGACGAGAAUGCUAUGGAUGCUGACGGUGGGGACGACGACGAUCAAGGGAGCGACGAUGAGUACAGUGACGACGACGACAUGAGCUGGAAAGUGCGGCGUGCGGCUGCCAAGUGCCUGGACGCCAUAGUCAGCACACGGCAUGAGAUGCUCCCAGAGUUCUACAAGACUGUCUCUCCUGCACUGAUAUCCAGAUUUAAAGAGCGCGAGGAAAACGUAAAAGCAGAUGUUUUUCAUGCAUACCUUUCUCUCUUGAAGCAAACUCGUCCAGUACAAAGUUGGCUGUGUGACCCUGAUGCAAUGGAACAGGGAGAAACGCCCUUAACAAUGCUUCAGAGUCAGGUUCCCAACAUUGUCAAAGCCCUACACAAACAGAUGAAAGAAAAGAGCGUGAAGACCCGGCAGUGCUGCUUUAACAUGUUGACUGAACUGGUAAACGUGUUGCCUGGGGCACUAACUCAGCACAUUCCUGUCCUUGUACCAGGAAUCAUUUUCUCACUGAAUGAUAAGUCCAGCUCAUCAAACCUGAAGAUUGACGCCCUGUCCUGUCUGUAUGUAAUCCUCUGUAACCACUCUCCUCAAGCUUUCCAUCCUCAUGUUCAGGCUCUGGUCCCUCCGGUGGUGGCUUGUGUUGGAGACCCAUUUUACAAGAUCACAUCAGAAGCUCUGCUUGUCACUCAGCAGCUCGUCAAAGUGAUCCGUCCUCUAGACCAGCCCUCCUCGUUUGAUGCAGCGCCUUACAUCAAAGAUCUCUUUACCUGUACAAUUAAGCGCCUAAAAGCAGCGGACAUUGAUCAGGAAGUCAAGGAGAGGGCUAUUUCCUGUAUGGGACAGAUUAUUUGCAAUCUUGGAGACAAUUUGGGUCCUGACUUAUCAAACACGCUUCAGAUUUUCUUGGAGAGACUCAAGAAUGAGAUUACUCGGCUGACGACAGUGAAAGCGCUGACCCUGAUUGCCGGUUCCCCUUUGAAGAUAGAUCUGCGGCCUGUGCUGGGAGAGGGAGUUCCCAUCCUUGCUUCAUUUCUCAGGAAAAAUCAGAGAGCUUUGAAGCUGGGGACCCUGUCUGCCCUAGAUAUUCUCAUUCAAAACUACAGUGACAGCUUGACUGCCGCCAUGAUUGACGCCGUUCUGGACGAGCUCCCUCCUCUUAUCAGCGAGAGUGACAUGCACGUGUCGCAGAUGGCUAUCAGUUUUCUUACCACCCUGGCAAAGGUGUAUCCCUCCUCCCUCUCAAAGAUAAGUGGAUCUAUUCUCAAUGAACUGAUUGGACUUGUGAAAUCACCUCUACUGCAGGGAGGAGCUCUUAGUGCCAUGCUAGACUUUUUCCAAGCUUUGGUUGUCACGGGAACAAACAAUCUAGGCUACAUGGAUUUGCUGCGCAUGCUCACGGGUCCAGUUUACAGUCAGAGCUCAACUCUUACUCAUAAGCAGUCUUAUUAUUCCAUUGCCAAAUGUGUAGCUGCCCUUACUCGAGCAUGCCCUAAAGAGGGACCUGCCGUAGUAGGUCAGUUUAUUCAAGAUGUCAAGAACUCGAGGUCUACAGAUUCCAUCCGGCUCUUAGCACUCCUUUCUCUCGGAGAAGUCGGACACCAUAUUGACUUAAGUGGGCAGUUGGAAUUAAAAUCUGUAAUAUUAGAGGCUUUCUCCUCUCCUAGUGAAGAAGUGAAACAGGCUGCGUCCUAUGCGUUAGGCAGCAUUAGUGUAGGCAACCUUCCUGAGUAUCUGCCGUUUGUACUCCAAGAGAUUACCAGUCAGCCCAAAAGGCAGUAUCUUCUGCUUCAUUCCUUGAAGGAAAUCAUUAGCUCCGCAUCGGUGGUAGGCCUUAAGCCAUAUGUUGAGAACAUCUGGGCCUUGCUGCUAAAGCAUUGUGAGUGUGCGGAGGAAGGCACCAGAAAUGUCGUUGCUGAGUGUCUAGGGAAGCUCACUCUUAUUGAUCCUGAAACUCUCCUCCCACGGCUUAAAGGGUAUUUGAUAUCAGGGUCAUCAUAUGCCAGAAGCUCAGUGGUUACAGCUGUGAAGUUCACUAUCUCUGAUCAUCCGCAGCCCAUUGACCCACUGUUAAAGAACUGCAUAGGUGAUUUUCUAAAAACUUUGGAAGACCCAGAUUUGAAUGUAAGAAGGGUAGCCUUGGUCACAUUCAAUUCUGCAGCCCAUAACAAGCCGUCACUGAUACGGGACCUUCUGGAUUCUGUUCUUCCACAUCUUUACAACGAGACAAAAGUUAGGAAGGAACUGAUACGAGAGGUAGAGAUGGGUCCGUUUAAACACACGGUCGAUGACGGUCUGGACAUUAGAAAGGCAGCUUUUGAGUGUAUGUAUACCCUUCUAGACAGCUGUCUUGAUAGACUGGAUAUCUUUGAAUUUCUAAAUCAUGUUGAAGAUGGUUUGAAAGACCAUUAUGAUAUUAAGAUGCUAACAUUUUUAAUGUUGGUGCGACUAUCUACCCUUUGUCCAAGUGCAGUACUACAAAGGUUGGACCGACUUGUUGAGCCACUGCGUGCUACGUGUACAACUAAGGUAAAGGCAAACUCUGUAAAGCAGGAGUUUGAAAAGCAAGAUGAAUUAAAGCGAUCUGCCAUGAGGGCAGUCGCAGCAUUGCUAACCAUUCCAGAGGCAGAGAAGAGCCCACUUAUGAGUGAAUUCCAGUCACAGAUCAGCUCCAACCCGGAGCUGGCAGCCAUCUUUGAAAGUAUCCAAAAAGAUUCUUCGUCCACUAACUUGGAAUCAAUGGACACUAGUUAGAUGUGAGAAGCGCAUGAGGACCAUGACAUUGACGCACAGUGCACUGAACUGACAAGGUGACCAGACAGAGACAUGGGAGAGAAGUGGCUAGAGCUUCAGGAUGUUCCACUUUUAUUUUCAUUCAUGGGAAGUUUGUUCAGCUUUCUUCCAUUGUUGUUUUUGUAGCUUUUACUUCAGAAAUCUGUAUUUCCAUAAUCCAGAGGUUGUAAAACCACUGAUGUUUUUAGUGGUUAGGGCAACGUUUGAAAUGGGAACUAAAGUUUGGAUUUAUGGAAUGUGGAAAUAGGGUCCAGUAUCUGUUUGCCUUGUAAUGUGUAGGAUUAAAAUGUUAAAACUUUAUGACCAUGGAUUUCUUGGUUUUGUAAAUUGUCUCAUUUAAAAUCAAUUCUGCAACACAAAGACCAUGUUUCUAUCCUUGUAUAACUUCUUCUUUCAGUGACAUAAAAUGAUUUUAAACUGGCAGAUCAAGAGUAUCCACUUAAGAUGUUAUAUUUCAGAGAGAUUGGCAUCUUAGCAAAGAUAAUAAAGUAUCACUCUUAAGUAUAA